AUCACCAGGAACGGGAAGUACGUGGCUCCGGGCGUCCACCUUCGUGGGCGACCCACGACGGAGACCACCGUCACCCCCGGACCCAGUGACUACCGCACCGAGGCAGCCAACAGGCAGGUCUUCAGGUGCCCACCGGUGCAGUCCAUGGCCUUCCGGCGGGAGCCCCUGCGCACAGACCUCACUCCAGGUCCGGGCACCUACACACUGCCCAGGCUGAUGGGGCCCAACACAGCCUACACAUUGGCCAGCCCCUGCUACUCUGUCAGGGGAAGGAGCCAGCGCGGCCGCUUUGACGAAGACCUUGCCAAGACUCCGGGUCCUGCGGCGUUGCCCAAAGUGCCUGUGGAUGCCUACAAGACCAGGGCGCCCGCGUACACCAUGGCAGCCCGACCAAGACCUGGAGAGGGCAAAGCAGCAAAGCCUGGGCCGGCAGACUACAGCGUAGGCCGGGUAAGGCAGCUGCUCAGCUCUCCCCCUCUGUUUCACAUGCACAGCCGUCACGUCCCCUUCCCCUGAGGCUUCCUCUGGCCAAAGAGCUUCUGGCCACAGGGACCAAGUGCUGGACAGCAGGCCUGCUCCCUGCCCUCGUGCCACCUCUGAGCAGAGGAAGGGAGGGACAGCACAGCACGCAGCUUUUCCUCCCUCUGCUCCCUUUCCCUUCACUGGGGUGUGCUGGUCCUUCACAAGCUCUUCUGGGGAACGCAGCUCUGAAGGGCUCCAAGCAGCAUGCCCCCGGGAUAGGAGAGUUAGCUGCAAGGUCCCAGGUGCACAUCCAGCCCUCUCUGAGACGGGAGGUGCCCAUGUCAGGCCAGCCCACCUGCUCUGCUCCAGCAAGGAGCUGCACCAGCUCUGCGCUGGCACUCAGCCCUGCCCAGAAAGGCACCCACGACUGUCGGGCAUCAGCAGGGAGCGAGGGCAGCAGAGAAGAGAAGGGCCUUUCCUGAUAUGCCUUUCCUUUUCGCCCUUCCAGGUGACA